UUGUCAGUCCCCCUGCACACACGGCGUUUUGUGCUGCUGAGUUGAAGUCAACUGUCAUGCACGUCGAGGUCCUGUUUGCCCUGCUCUGCCUUGUGGCCACUGCGUAUGCAGGAUGCCCGCUGGGAUUUUAUCAACACACAAAGUCCUGCUACUGGUUGUCGAACGUGAAAAGUUCGUUUCCUGAAGCAGUUUCCUACUGUCGAUACUUGGAGAGCCACCUUGUGACGAUAGAAAACAGAGAUGAAGAUUCGUUCCUGAAGGGUUAUGCUCUCCGUCAUGGUACAGCUCCAGGGUACUGGCUUGGUGCCACUGACCUGAACAUAGAGGGGAGAUGGCUGUGGGAAGGUCAACGUCGCAUGUCUUUCACAAACUGGUCCUGGAGAAGUCCUGGUAAUUCGCGUGGUCAAGAACACUGUCUGGAACUGGUGAAACAAGGAAAAUAUGUUUGGAAUGAUUACCAAUGUGACAUUCCAUUACAUUUUAUUUGUGAAAAGGAACUAAAAUGAUUGUUCACACACCAACAGAUUGCAUGUAAUGCUGCUCUAUUCGGUGAAGUAAAGUGCUUAGCACAUU